AUGUCACCAGACUGGCAGGGUGAGUCCGCUCACACUGGCAGCCUGAAAUGUUCUUUCCCUUUUAGACAAUCCGAGGUCCAGCCGAACGGAACGGAGAACAGCGCUAGUGGCACGGGAACUGGCGCGCUACAAGGUGGACAUCGCCGCACUCAGUGAGCCCCGAUUCUCCGAACAAGGCCAACUGGAGGAGGUGGGUGCCGGCUACACCUUCUUCUGGAGCGGUCGACCCAGGGCAGACCGACGGGACGCGGGUUUCGCCUUCGCCAUCCGGACCGACAUCGUGGGACGACUGCCCUGUUUGCCGAAGGGCAUCAACGGUCGCCUGAUGAGCCUCCGUCUGCCUCUCCGCCGGGGUGGGGGUGAAUUCGCCACCCUCAUCAGCGCCUACGCUCCGACGAUGACCAACCCCGACGCCGUCAGAGACAAUUUCUACGAGAAUCUGCACGCCCUCUUGGCGACUGUGUUGAAGGCGGACAAUUUGAUUGUCCUCGGUGACGUCAAAGCCCCCGGAGUGGAGUGCUGUGUCCCAUGGUCUCCGCGGCUCAAACGACAAUGGUCUGCUGCUGCUCCGCACCUGUGCACAACACCGCCUCAUCCUGACGAAUACCUUCUUCUGUCUGCCGGAGCGAGAGAAGGCCACCUGGUGGCAUCCUCGGUCGCGUCAGUGGCACCUGCUGGACUAUGUCCUCGUCCGGAGGCGAGAUCAGCGGGACGUGCUGGUGACGAAGGCGAUCGCGGGUGCUGA